GCCAAGGCAGACUGGUGAUGUGCAUCAAGUCCAUCUCUCAACAUGGCUUGGAAACAAGUGUGUCUCCUCUUCUUUGGGUUUGCUUUGAUUGGACAUUCCGUGGGUGUGAGCAUCCGUGAGGCCAUUGCCAAAGCUGAUGCGGAGUUGGCCGCAGAGAAGCGAACCAUGGAGGCAGUGCACACGCCAGCCACUCGAGCCAGCCGCAAGGGGAAGAAGUACACACGAGAAUCCAAGGCCAUGGACGCACGGAACCGCUUGGUGAAGAGAAGCGCAGACAUGUUGAACAUGGACAAGUUCAUGUCUGAGGAUAUCCUCAUUGCCAGCAUUGAAGGCACCAUGCAUGAGAUGUUCAACUCUGGUGGUGUUCCUGGAGGCAUGGCUCAAUCAUGCCCUCACCUGCCGUUGGCCAAUUUUGCUUGCUCUCCUGAGGCCCAACAUCUGGAAUGUGACCCUCAAAUGCCGUAUCGCACGAUCACUGGGCUGUGCAAUAAUUUGAAGUAUCCACUAUUUGGAGCGGCCAGCACGGCGCUCAAACGACUGAUUCCACCCGCAUAUGCUGAUGGACGAGGGCAACCCAGAGGAACUCGCUUCUCAUCCUUGGCCAAUGAUUUCAGUCCAAAUAGUAUCUGGGGCCAAGGUUCAGGCAACUGCUUUUCCCAUCCGGCAUCACUAUUGCCCAAUCCCAGAUUGGUGAGCACAAAUUUCCAUCCAGAUGCCGACAAGCCAACCAAUGAGCUCACCCACAUGUUCACCCAAUUGGCUCAAUACGUGGAUCAUGAUAUAUCAAUUUCUCCCGAAAUCGAGGCUGAGGAGUGUUGUGAACAUUUCACGGAUGAAGAAUGCUUCCCCAUCUUUGUACCCCUUAGCGACACCUUUUUUGGAGUGGACGUGAGCCGAACGCCGCCUCUCUUUGGCCGAGCCUUGCCUCUUGAGCAAUUGGAUCGCUCUGUCUUGUCAGCAGAAGCCUGGAGGAGUAUGGUCCAAAACGUUACCCAAAUGAGAAGCCAAAGCGGCGAGGAGGCUGGGUCAUCUGAGCACCCUGCCACAAAUGGUGAGGUCACAUGCUUGGAACUUACUCGAUCCACAGCCUUUUGCGAGGGGUCGGCAGAUCAUCAGGGUCCUCGAGAGCAAAUGAACGCAGUCACAGCUUUCAUUGAUGCCUCCCAUGUGUAUGGAUCUUCCACUGAAUUGGCGUCCUUGCUGAGAGACGAUUGUGAUGGUCUCUUGAAAGUGACCAAGACUGAGACUGGAAAAGAGUUGCUCCCCAAGCUGGAGUUUGACGAAGAGCUCCAAUUCUUGGCCGGGGACAGCCGAGCGACUGAGAUGGGAGCACUUGCAGGCAUGCACACCAUUUUUGUCCGAGAGCACAAUCGCAUUGCCAGAGGGCUGAAGGAUCUCCGACCCCAUUGGGAUGAUGAGACCCUGUACCAGAACGCUCGUCGGAUUCUCACCGCCGAGUGGCAAAACGUUGUGUUUGGCGAAUUUCUCAGCGCCAUGCUGGGCGAUUCUGUGGUGGACUACAAGGAUCUUGGGACCGCAGGUGACACCAUAUACGACCCAAAUGUGGAUGCCACCGUGGCCAAUGGAUUCUCCACGGCUGCUUUUCGUUUUGGUCACACUAUGAUUGAGGGUCUCAUCACAAUCUUCUCACUGAACAGCCCUCCUGCUGAAAUUGAUACACUCAUGGUAAAGGAUACAUUCUUUGAUCUCACCCAGUACCUGGCCGACGACGGAUUGGGCAUGGAGCGGCUUUUGAAUGGCUUGAUGAACCAAGAGGCCCAGGCUUAUGACCGCUUUUUGGCCGAUGAUGUCACCAAUUUCCUGUUCUCAAACAAUAACGGUGGCAUUGGACAAGAUCUUGUGGCUAGGAACAUUCAACGUGGACGAGAUCACGGUAUUCCCGGAUACAAUGAAUGGAGAGCAUUCUGUAAUCUCCCUAAAGCGUGCUCGUGGAAUAACCGGCCUGCCGAGAUCUCUCAAGACAAUUGGGAUCAGCUUCGAGACACCUAUGUCAAUCCGGGUGACAUUGAUCUAUUUGUUGGAGGCCUGGCUGAAGAGUCCUUUGAGGACGGGGUUCUGGGUCGAACAUUUAGCUGCAUUAUAGGAGAUCAGUUCAAACGAUUGAAGUUUGGCGAUCGUUUCUUUUUCACCAACAAAGCUGGACCGCACCCAUUUGAUCACGCCCAACAAGAUAUGUUGAGGAAAAGGAACCUGGCCGACAUAUUUUGCGACAACACCGACAUCCAAGUCCUGCCUAAAAUGGCCUUGAAACGGAAUUCUCCUUCUUUGAGGUGUGAGGAUGCGUUCCAAUUGGAUUUGGAGAGAUUUGUCUAGGAGAGCAAGCCCAACUUGCCUAAAAUGUUUGAUACUGAUGAUGAGGACGAGGAAGAAAAAAGAAGACGGAACCUGCUCUUUCAUGUUGCCCAUUGUUCGUGUGCCUUGACUUUUGAGAACUAUUUUGACAAAUCAAUUCUUGUGAAUACCCAUAUUUGUGAAAAAGGCAGGGCUGAAUCUAUUAUGAAUAAAUCCAUUUAGCAUUUGAA